AUGGGUGAUUCUACAGUAAGCCGUGGUGUGGGAUAUGUCCAACCGCCCGAAAGCGAUCGUCGAAUGUGCGCCCUCUGCAACACAUCGUUAGGUGAGGAAGCGGUGAUUGCAAUGAAUCGCCUCUGGCACCCCGAUCACUUCCGCUGCCAUGCUUGUAAUGCACCAAUCAAGCAAACCUACCAGAUUGCAGAUGAAAUGCCAUAUUGUGUACAAUGUUUUUCUAAGAAAUAUAAUCCAAAAUGUCACGGUUGUGGUGAGAUACUUAUCGAUUCAUGCUUAAUUGCACUUGAUAAACACUGGCAUCCACGUUGUUUCACGUGCGCUGCGUGUAAACAACCAUUACCAAAUGGUGAGCACUAUAUUAUUGAUGAUUUGCCAUAUGAUCGUGACUGUCACUGGGAGAAACGUCUCGAAAAGCGCAUCCGUGUCAUGCAAGGAGCACAUACACGAAUGAAUCAUUGA